AUGGCUUCUCGUCGAUCUGUAGCCGGUGGAACGGACUUGGAUCGAGCGGAGGCCAAGCUUCAACGACAGCAAAGCAUUGAUAAAGAGAAGCUACAACUACAAGAGCGUAUCUACUGGCUCAACACUUUGCACAGCGUCUAUGAUCGUUCCAUCGUCCCGUAUUGCCGCAGCUGGAACCUCCAAUUCGCCGAAGAGCUACAAGCCCGCCUUCCGGUUGAGAUACGUAACCUAGUCUACCAAUAUCUGUAG